AUGUUGCGACCAGACUACAACCGGAUCGAUCCUAAGAGGCGCAACGUGGUCGACCAUCGCAAGAAGCAAUUUUCCGAGGCUGCAUACAAAGAGCAGAACUACCCCUAUCGCCUUAAUUUUUACCCAGAUCCUCCUACCGCCGAUAUCACUCUUGAGCAGUUCGAGCAAUGGGCUAUUGACCGGCUACGAAUCCUCGCUGAGCUGGAAGCAUGCUCUUUCCGCAACAAGUCUCCCGCCGAAGUAGCCACACAUAUGAAACCACUCCUCGACAAGCAUCUCCCUCUCGAAUCCAACUCGUCCCAGUCCUCCCAACUCUUCGCGCAACGUCAGAAGGAUCACUACAGCCAUUUCAUCCUCCGCCUCGCCUUUGCCUCCACCGAGGACCUCCGCCGCCGGUUCUCUCGCGUCGAGACCAUGCUCUUCCGCCUGCGCUUCAACUCGGACGAUCUCGCCGAGCGUAACGCCUUCGUAUCCAGCCUCGACCUGGACUGGUGGGAGACCGUCUCCGAGGACGAAAAACGGGAGUUCGCCUCUCAGUUCGCGAGCAUGAACUCCACACGAAAGGCUGCGGCCGAGGAGGAGACUUGGUUCAAGGUGGACUGGCAACGAGUCCCGGAGCUGGUCGAGCAAAGAAGGGUGUUUCUAAAGGGCGGCAAGGCGUUCGUGCCCAGCCGUGAGCAGGCCAGCAUGGUUAUCGGCGAGUUCAGUACUCGUCUCGAGAAGCAACUUGAGCUCACCGCCCGUGCCCUUCCUCGCUUGGACGAGGACGAACGUCUGACGCCCAUCCUCGACCACCUCUCCAAGAACUUCAUCACUCCGGAUGCGUCCUAUCUCUCGGGGUCUGCUACCUCCGUCGGCGGUGAUAUGUCGGCCCGCAACGUCGACUCCCUGUCUCAGCAUUUCCCUGCCUGCAUGUCCCACCUUCACCGCUCUCUCCGCCGCGAUGCUCAUCUGAAGCACUACGGCCGCCUUCAGUACACCCUCUUCCUUAAGGGAAUCGGCCUCAACUUGGAAGAAUGCUUGAUCUUUUGGCGCCAGGGCUUCCGCAACAUCACGGACGACACUUUCAACAAGGAGUAUCGCUACAAUAUUCGCCAUUCUUACGGCGAUGUUGGAGGCGACUCUAACCGUCGGGGCGGAGGCUAUAGUCCCUUCAGCUGCCAGAAGAUUCUCACAGAGCACCCGCCCGGUCCCGGGGAGGCCCACGGUUGUCCAUACCGCCAUUUUGACAUGGAUAAUUUGAACACUCUAGUGCAAGCCUUGGGCGUGUCGGAUAGGAAUGUGCUACAAGGCGUGCGAGAGGACAAGGAAAGCCAAAAGUAUCACAUGGCUUGUAAUCGGGUCUUCGAACACCUUCACAAACAGGAACUCAAGAAAGCCAAGGACGAAGGCAUCUUCACCUCCGCACAGCUCGAGACCAUCGUUCACCCCAACGAAUAUUUCAAGCGAAGUUUCUUGCUCAAGAACCUGGACAAGCCCAAAGACUCAUCAGAUGUCAAGGUGGAAGGCUCCUGA